CAACUACCGCCGAUCCACCGCGGGGAACCUCUCACGGCUGGAGUGUUGCUCCGGGUCCCGCUACCCCGACUUUCCGACCUUCAUCCUGGCCAGACUAGUCCAAUUCCAUGAGCUCUGAUCGUAUCCCGGCAGUUGGGCCCCGGAGGAUACCCCAGUUCGCGGGGUCGAUAUAUCUGGGGUUCAUCGUACGAUCCGUCUGAUCAUAUCGCGCGACUCAUAAGAUGUCUUCCGAAGACGCGAAAACGUCCCAGUCCGAUUAUAUUGAAAAGACGGAAGCUGGAUUUCUUGCCACGGAGCCCGGCAGCUCCCUUUCUGAACCGCACAAAUCCUAUCUCCUCCAGCGACAUGGCACCCUCGACCUGGACCCUCUUCCCAGUAUGGAUCCGGCGGAUCCGUACAACUGGCCGCUGCUCAAAAAAACCGUGAAUCUCGUUCUAGUGGCUUUUCACGCCUGCAUGGGCACCUUUACGGCUGCCGCCAUUAUUCCUGCCUACGAAGAUAUCGCCGAAGACGUUGGGGUGUCGCUGCAGCGAGUCAGCUAUCUGACCUCCCUCCAGAUCGCCAUUCUCGGCGGCGCUCCGCUGUUCUGGAAACCGCUGUCCCACCGCUUCGGUCGCCGUCCUAUUUUCCUCCUCUCGUUGCUCCUCAGCUGCGUCUGCAAUAUCGGCUGUGCAAAAAGCCCCGACUAUGCCUCAAUGGCAGCCUGUCGCGCCCUGGUGGCGUUCUUUAUCUCGCCCGCCAUGGCAAUCGGCAGCGCAGUCGUCACGGAGACAUUCUUUCGUCGGGAACGGGCACAAUACAUGGGGAUUUGGGCCGUGAUGGUCACAUUAGGAGUCCCGGUGGGACCAUUCAUCUUUGGAUUUGUGGCUCAACGGGUGGGAUAUCGAUGGAUCUAUUGGAUUCUGGCUAUUACCAACGCUGUCGAACUCAUCCUGUACAUCUUCUUCGGCCCCGAAACGCGCUACAUCGGCACGGACAUGCACUCCCCCUCCCCCUUCAAACGCGAAUAUCUCACCCUCCGUCGCAUCGAUCCCACCCCCUUCCGGCUCUCCGAAUUCUACCACCCCCUCACCCUCAUCACCCACAUCCCCAUUCUAAUCGCCUCCGCCGCCUACGCCAUGGUCUUUCUCUUCGCGUCGGUCUUGAACUCCGUCGAAGUGCCGCAACUCCUGCAGACGAAAUUCCAUCUCAACGCCCAACAACUCGGGCUGCAAUUCCUGGGCCUCAUCAUCGGGUCCCUCCUCGGUGAACAACUCGGUGGUGUGCUGUCCGACUCGUGGAUGAAUCUCCGUGCCAAGCGCACGGGCCACAAACCGGAGCCGGAGUAUCGACUAUGGUUGAGUUAUAUUGGCUAUCUGCUGAGUAUUGCCGGCAUGGUGGUGUUCUUGGUUUGUACGGAGUAUGCCCCCACGGGCAAGUGGAGGGUUUCGCCGGUGGUGGGGACGGGGAUUGCUGCGUUUGGGAAUCAGGUCGUUACCACGGUCAUGAUUACUUAUGCGGUUGAUAAGUAUCCUACUGAUGCGGGGAGUGUGGGGGUGUUUGUCAAUUUGAUCCGAUCCACCUGGGGGUUUAUUGGGCCGUUUUGGUUCACCGAUAUGUUCGACAGCGUCGGCAUCGCCAAGAGUUCCGGGGUAGUGACGGCGUUGAUCAUGGGGGUGAGCUUCAUUCCGACGGUGGUAUUGCAGUGGCGGGGGAGACGGUGGCGGGGGAAUUAUGAGACUUGAACCUUAUGCCGGCAGCCGAGGAUGCAUGUCACUGGUCUUAUGAAUCUUGGAUACAGUCUCACCACUUCUACCGGAUUCAAGAUGGAUGAUAGAUGCUGUAAUUGCCUCUAGAUAUAUAAAUAAAACUGUCUUGAAUGC